AACUGACCUUGAGUCUCUCUACCUCGCUCUGAACCCCUCGAUAAACUUAUGAAUCUUACUCUAGAAAUAUAAAGUCCUCAUAUACUUAUCAAACCUCCUCAGAUCUUGCCCAUUCACGUGGCUCAAAGAUCUGUUGACGCGCUUGUCGCCACCCUUUGCUCAACCUGACGAUCACAUCAGAGGCUUUGUGACAGGCUACAUCCAGGUGCAAUGACUAUUUCUCUAUCAGCUCACAGGUUCAUGCAGCUGUCGACUUGGUCCAAUUGUGCCAGUCCAAUAGUUGCCAAUGCAUUAGCUCGUUACAGUUUUGAGGCCCACCACUUCGCUCCUGGAACCUCUCAAAGGUGAAAUGCAAUCGCGAAAGUCAAAAUUGAGGCCCAUUCCUCGUAUAUCCGAGAGGAUUCUGGACUAAAACCAACAUUCAACCAAUGGACAGAGAUCAUUUCUGGACAGGCAACAGAGUAUCAAAAGGAAGUUGCCGCUAACCCAUUGAAAGAUCCUUGCUUGGGGACUAUCCUGCCAUGAGGCCGAGUGUAUAUUCAUGCACUCUUUCAACGAUGUCAUACCUGCAGAACACACCGCCAGAUCUGAUUGACGAAAUUCCAAGUAACAAGCAAUCGGCGCUGAGUUGACAUCCCCGUUGUAAGGCCUAUUGCGAGUGGAGACGGGCAAGCUGGACGAAUGACAUUUUCAAACUUCAUUGCAGCUACAAGGCUGCUUGCAUAAAAGAUAGAACGGUCAUAUUCAAAAUCGUCUCCUUUUUGUGACCGGUAGAAAAUCUGUUCUUAUCCCUGCAUCUUUCAUUCGUUUACAGCUUGCUUUGGAUUGAAGCGGUUUACUCUAAUUUUGGGAGCGAGGCAUGUCAACAUUUAUACCUAUAAAAACUCAAAAACGGAUAUUUGGGAGAGAAUUUCUCACUUUAGUUUCGUCACAAUAAUCUCAGCAAAAGUUACAGUCGACUUGUUCAACUCUCUAUUCGCUAUGGAACUCUUGGAGUCCGUUUUCAACCACUUGGUGCUACCGCCGCAGUUGCCUGGAGUUGGAGACGACGAUCCAGAGUCUGUGAGCAGCGACAUUCUCACGCGCGUGUCCAAUGUCUGCAGAUUGUUCCAGGACUUCAGCAGUAGCAACAGGUGGCAAGGAGAAUGGGCGGCAGUUUGGGCGUCUAUUGCAGAAACUCUUCAUACUGCCCAAGGCAUUCAUUCCGAUGGCAUCGAUGGAAAUAUUAUUUUGAGGAGCUGGAAAUUGUUCAAGCCUAACAGUUUCUUCAUUUUACGCAUUGCAAAGCAAAAUGCGGCUCUUUUGCUCUAUCGCAAAACCUUUGACGGCAAAGAUGAGGUCAUCUUUGAAGUCUUUCAGUCUUCACCACCUGCGGAAAAUGUACUUGCCGCUGAGGGUGCUCUUCUUUGGAGCUUCCCUGACCGCGCGGCCAAAAUCUCGUGGGCAAAAUUUUGCGAGCGUUCGUUCCAGGAAAAUCUGUCAUUUUUCAUAGAGCAAGCCUCUCAAGAGCAACUGCAACGAUUUGCUGCUCGUACACAAAAAGCAGGAGCUUCGGUCAUUGAGAUUCGCGAUUCGACACAUCCUGGCUUAUUUUUUGAGCUACUCUUGCCUUUGCUGGCAGCAAUCGGAGAAGUAGAAGUUGUUCCGGCGGUAGUGAAAAGAAUAAAAGACGAGGUUAAUUUUCAAAACUCGAAAACACCGUGGCGCAGAAACCCAACUUGGCUUGUGCUCCGUGUGGCAAUCCAGCGUCAACUUUGUCUCACUCUUGGUAACGAGUGUGGAAGGAUUUGCUUCAAACUUUUCAUUUGCGCAGUACUGUCCAAGCUUUUAGAAGACUGCGUAGGCCAGCUUAUUCCUGAGAAAACUUUACGCUUGAGAGCAAAAUUAUGCCGUCGCCUUGCAAAAGUUGAGAUUGAGAGAGCCAGCCUUUCGGAGUCCAAUUCAAACGUUUGCGGCCAAUUAAUGACUUCGAUCGGCUCGUUCUGCAAAAAAAUUAUCGUCAGGAGUACGGAACAGGUCAAUGAAGCUUGGAAUUGCUAUAGGCAGAACAUCGUACGACGUAUUCCAAGGAUUAUGAAACGAACUGACGAGCAUUCACUUGUUCUCUCACUUCCACGAAGCGGUUCAUAUCUGCAUGGACUUCUUCAAAUGCCACAUCAAACUCGACAGAAUUUCCUAUCACAACAUUUACCACAUCUCGAUGACAAUGCCAUCAGAUCUGUAAGAGAAGUAACGAAGUACUACUAUAAAUUCGCUGCACUAGAUGGAGAUACUGAGCUUAAAACCGUUCCAGCAACAGCAGCAAGUACUUAUUUCGAGAAACGAUGUGUGGAACUUGCUGAUGCGAUGGACCAAUUCUUCAGAACUACCCUUAAGCUCUCGAUGUCCAAACCUGAGCAGAUGAGUUCAUUCAUUCUCAACGUCUUCGAGAUGUGGGUUGCAAUGGACAAAUGCGCGACUAGGAGGUGCCCACUCUUGAUAGAUUACCACCCGUUGUUUACCCCUGAGAUCUUAGAUGUUUUACUUCUCCCAACGGCAAAGGAACUGCAGCGACUGCAGGAAGUGCAAAAGUACAUUCGUGACAGGUGCGCCGGUUGCCUUCUACCGUCGCAGACGAUUACAAGCGAGCCCAACAAGGACGCAUUUACGAUGCGCUACUGUGAAAUAUCACAAGAGGGACAGAAAAUACGAGAUCUACAAAAUCAAAUUCAAAACGAUUCGUUACAGUCUCGGUCUCUAAAGGAAUCUGAAUGGCGCACUAUGUGCAAACAGUACGACGAGCUGAGCCAGAAGAUAUCGAGUGGAACAUGCACAUGCUCAUGGAAUCGCGACGGUACUCGCGACGUUCGGGGAUGCUCAAAGUGUUAUUACUGGCGUUGCCGCAACAGAAUGCAUAUCGGAGUCCAUGAAGAUUUUCUGCCUGUCGAGAAACCCUAUAAAGCUGCCGUGGCGUUUGAGCUUACUAUCCCUCCCUACCUCCAAGCAUACCGAAAUGCGACGUGGAGGAUCUUGAGGGACCUUGCCCAUCCGAGCAGACCUUCGACUGAACUGAAGGCGAACACACUUAUGAGCGAUUACAGUCAACUCAAAAGAUAUUCACGGUCAACAGCUUGUGGUAUCACUUUAGCCUCCAAGACAAAGUCAUUUCUCAGCACUCACUAUAAGGGAUUUAAAAUGAAGAUCGCUUUAAAAGAUGUCCUUCUGCCAUUAGGACUCAGCUUUUCGUAUUACGACCAGAAAUCUGAUCUCUGGGUCAAGGAUCUUCAUAUGCCACUAACGUUCGCUCAUCAUUGUGGUGUUCACAUUCCAAGAUGUUUAUCAAGCUCUGUGGUGGAAAUCAAAGAACAUCCUCCUGCUUAUCCAAGUGGUCCAACCUCUUACGAGUGCGUUGCUAACCAAACUAAGUGUCCACCUAAUGCCACAACAAAUGAGUUCAAUUCACUCCAGCGUUUAAUAUCGGGUGAUAAUCGACGAUGGUUCACGAUGUUGGUAGAGUUGGGCUCUUCCAAUCUCAAUUUUAGUGACGAAGACACGACACAACUAUUUGGCCAUUUGGCCAUCCAAGCAGGACCUACGCGAGAAUCAAAGGAAAUGCUCCGAGACAUUCACGCAGUAUUUCUAGAUAAGUCGUUCUGUGUGCGACUCGCUGAGCAAAUCGAACGGCGCUUGCGUGUCAUCAAGUCCAAUUGGAGAGAGACUAACCAAAUGGAACUUUUGAUUACUCUCUCCUUGCGGCUUUAUGAGCUGGCAGAAGGUGCGGGCAGGAAAUCAGCACUCAGACUUAUUGAGACUGCUCGUCUUGUCACCCUUGAUUGGAUCCAACGUCUCCAAGAGGAGAAGUCAAAGGCUACUGAUGACAAGAUCGCGAGAAGUGUCGCUAGCUACGGAUUUCUAGCCGCUUUACAAUGCCGAAGAACAUUUAUAGUCUUCAAUAAUGGUGAAAAUAUCAUGCAAGCUUCGGAGUUAGUGGGCUUUGUUCAGGCUUCGAUUGCGUUACAGCAGAAUCUCCAUGUCAAUCCAUCAAAAUUGCCUUCUGUCCAGGCAAGUAUGCUAAUUAGAGAUGCGAAAAUCGUCCACGGUCUUCAUUCUGUGAUUCGAAACUCUAUUUUAGCCUCUAAAGGUAGCCUGGAUAUCGCAAUCAACAAGUCUUGGUCAGAAACCGCCGAUUCUAGUGGCAGCCAGUUCUUAUCUUGGCAGUUCCUCUCAGAGCCGAACGAGACAUGGAUCGGUUCAGUCAUAAGGAGCAAUUUCAAUUGGCUUCAAAAGCAAUAUGUUCACUACAACAUCCUUGAGGGAUAUUUGCUCGUAAAUGGCGAACCACUGGGAAGAUUACCAAAUGAGAUACUGGAUUCAGAGGAAGUGAAAGGUUUGUUUGCACAAAAUCAUCUGUUGACCUUCCCUUCCUCUCUUACCGGUAUGAGCCACAUGCUUGCGUGUCGGCUUUUCCAGCAUCAAAUUCACUUUGGGCGAAGGGGAGACCGCGUUAUAAUCCGAACUCUAAGAAACGGUGUUGUUCAUGAGUUUGUUCCUGACUGGAUCUUUCGCGAGGGGUCAGAGUAUGAUUUACCAGCAUCUCUCCUCGAUAAUUGCACCCAUUGGCUCAACCUUCAAAACGGAGAGCUGGAAAUCCGACGAAGACCGUAUGUCUGGAAGACAAGGCCUUCUGAUUGGAUAUUACAAGUUUUCACACAUCAAGCAAGACGCAGAGAGUCUCUCCUGGUUGACCCCUAUAGUCAGGUUUACAGGGACAUCAAAAAAAUCUUUCAAGGCUUUGAAGAACCGCAGCACCUCACUGUUUUUCAGCCCAGCAAAGGAAGAUUGUCAGUUGAACUAAAGCGUUUAGCGCUUUCGUUUUACGUCAACAACAAUAAUCUCCUUGAGUGUCGAGAGUUAGAUGCUGAGAUUGACGAGAAUCAAGAUGCAGGUACUCUUUAUGGAUUAAACAGCAUAUUAGUUCUUAGAAGUCUUGCGAACAAGGAAAAUCGCAGCGUUCUGACACCUUUAGGUUCGUUGGUUAUCAGGCGCAAUGGUAUGCAUGUCAGCGUUGACGUAAACGGUACCGGAUCUUAUGCUAAGUUCGAAAUUGACAAUAUUCUGGGGCGCCUUACUUGUCCCCCAGAGCCUCGCCUGCUAUAUACCAAGGCUCUACUUCACGCUGCGACGUCUUUUCCACUGCCAGAUCCCCUCACAGGAUCUACAGGCACCGAAGAGGCAUAUCACUUGCUGCAAUCUGGGUGCUGUCAGCCGUGGACGCCAAUUUCCAAGUCUGGAAAGACUAUUCUGGACGAAAUCGCUGCUUUGAGCCCCGUUCGAGACUUCUAUCCAAAAGGUGGGAAGACUCUGCAGACUGUCCGGUGGAACCCGAAUCUCACCAUAACAAUUCAACAUGAGUGUUUACGACAAGCUGUGGAGGAUAUCAUUUCGAAAUCCAACCAACUUCAUGCCUUCAGUGAUGAGGCGCAAGCGGCCCAAGAAAAUGAUGACAGAGGUUUCGGUCACCUCUAUCGCCGAGGUCUUGCUAGUCGAAUAGCACAUGAACGCGCCAUCUCUGACGUUUCAAAACAAGCCCAUGCUCGAGAUGACAUGUUUAAGCCUUUGAAUCGGUCCAAUCCUUUGGAACAAGAGAAAAAAGUCUAUCACAUCACAAAACUACUUCAUCGGCAAACAUUCGCUGCUCAUAUAUCAAUGAAGCUACCCAAGAUACUACAAGCUUUUCCGGGAAAAUUCAUAGGAGGGUUUCAUGAAAUAAAAGAGCAUCUUGGCUCCCUGAGCACCUGGAUCGACAAUGAUUUUGGUGAACAGUGGGGAGACCUAGUGAACUUUUGUCGAAGCGUUAGCUCUGACAACGUAUACAAGGUUUUGUUUCGUCUUUGCCUCUUAGCAUUCAAUCAGACGGCAACAAUGGACUCAAUCAUGAUUUUGUAUGCAUUCUGGGCAUUGAACGAGAUAAAACAACUUGAGCCUCCAAAGCGCAAAGUCUUUUCUGCAUUUCGGAUUGAUUCAAAUCCGACCGCAGAGCAUCUCAAAAAAUUCAUCGUUCCAGAUGGCCCCGUUUCCAAGCUGAGGAUGUCUCAUAGUCACGGAAAGCCAUCGUGGUCAUCAAAACAAGACGAAACAGAUCGCCUCGCCAAAUUUCUUGCAGAGCAGUGGCCGUGCGAGCAACCUAACGUCUUGGCAUUUGAAUCCGAAUUAUUAGAUAUGGAGGAGAUCAUGGAACGCAUACUCCCUGAAUGGACACGAUUGUACGCGAACUGGGAAUUAUCGACGUAUGCAAAGCAUGUUCAAAGGAUCUUGGAAACGCAAUUUACGCAUCCAGUUGUUCCAAAUCUAGAGUUCUGGCCAUCAAUGGUUGAUUUCUCUGGAGAAAUCACUGCCCAUGGUGCUGUUAUUCCAUCUCUGACAUACAAGCUUUUAUCCAAAUCUGCUCUCCGUCAACCAGAAUACGCUUCGCUCGACGCAGACUUUACCUUGGGAACUCGAAUAAUCAUGAAGAACGUAGAAGGAGAAAUUGCGAUGCCUGAGCAAAUUGCCGAGCUGGACACAAUAUUGUCCUUCUUCGUCUCUUCCACCAAGCCACAAUGGCGGCAAUAUGGAGAAGAUUUGUACGCAAGUCUGGAGGCCCUGCGUAGAUCUAAUACCAAGAGUCAGCACGAUCUGAGCCUUCCCGAUCAGGAAUCCAUCAAGAAGAAGAUGGAGAACACCCGUAAAACGAUUCAAGAUUGUUUCUCUCGAAUAUGCGAUGCACUUUCUUCCAAUGAUAAAGCAUUCCCGUGGCUUCGGUUAGGACAGCUAUGGCCACGCAUUACACCAACUCUCCUUCUUGAGCAGCUGCGCUUUCGUACACACACUAAUUUCGGACGAGGAAUGAAAGAGAGCCUCGUUUCCUACGGACUAUGGCUUACGCGACUUCAGUGGCUUCGUAGAGUUGAUUACGAGCUUAAAAAAGGUGAUAAUCGAAAAGCUCUUGAAGAAUGGCGUAACAGAGGUCAUGCGAACUGGGACCCCUUGGAGUUCCCCGACUGGUUACUAUUCGAGAUUGACAGUAAUUUACAUAUCCGUUCCGAGCAGAUAGAUGUCGCAAAGGCUAUCAUUUCUCCUGAUUCUCAGGCCAAUUCUGUGCUGCAACUUAAUAUGGGCAAAGGGAAAACUUCAUGCAUUGUGCCAAUAGUCUUAAGCGUGCUUGCCGAUGCAAAACAAUUAUCUCGAUUAAUCGUACCAAAGGCUUUACUCUUCCAGACUGCUCAAAUUUUACAAGCAAAACUUGGGGGACUGGUUGGUCGAGAAAUCACCCACGUACCGUUCUCUCGUCGAACGCAAACAAACUUGAAUGUUCUCAAGCUUUAUUCUGACCUCCAUUAUCGAACGCUUCAUAAUUCUGGAGUAAUGCUUACCAUUCCGGAGCAUGUACUAUCGUUCAAACUCAGCGGAUUCCAGCAUCUUGUUGAUGGUAAACUCGAGGAAGCACGUGAGAUGAUUGAAUUUCAAUCUUGGUUGGAACGACACUCACGUGAUGUUCUUGAUGAAUCUGACUUCUCUCUCUCCGUAAAGACACAGCUCAUAUACCCAAGUGGAGACCUAAUGCCUGUUGAUGGAAAUCCAGAUCGCUGGAUAGUCGCUCAAACUCUUCUGGGCCUUGUUCGUGAUCACCUCCAAGAAGUUCGAAGACAGUUCCCCCAUGGAAUUGACGUUUUUGAGCGCUCUUCUGGAUUUCCGACGAUUUACAUUCUCCACUCUGCGGUAGAGGACAGCUUUCAGAAAAUGAUUGUAAACACCAUUUGCGAAGGCAGGACUUCCAUCAUUCAGCUUCCAGAUGCGUUGUCUCCCGCACAGCAAGAAGAACUUCGACAGUUUUUAUCGAUACAAGAUGUUGAUCAAGUGGUUCUUGAGCGCGUCUUAGCAAUGCUCUCCGGUAACCCGGUCACAGUCAAGAAUAUCCUCGUUAUUCGAGGUUAUCUUGUUAACAGGGUACUGUUUAUGUGCCUGAAGAAGCGAUGGAAUGUCCAGUACGGUCUGCAUCCCAAAAGACAUCCAAUUGCAGUGCCGUAUGAAGCAAAGGGCAUUCCUUCUGAACAAUCCGAGUUUGGACACCCUGAAGUCGCCAUCUUACUCACUUGUCUCGCUUUUUAUAACUCCGGCCUCUCUUUAUCGCAGCUUAAAGAGAGCUUAGGGUAUAUACUUAAGUCUGACGAUCCAGCUUUUGAGUAUGAUCGUUGGACAAUUGAUUCUGCAUCUCUUCCAGAACCUCUUCGUCAUUGGAACGUUAUCAAUGUCGAUGAUCACGGACAGAUGGAGGAGCUUUGGCAGCACGUUCGCUUCAAUACCACCGUCAUAAACCACUAUAUGAACGUUUUUGUAUUUCCUUUGCACGCAAAACAAUUCUCAGUAAAAUUGCAGUUGUCGGCAUGGGAUCUCCCAUUAAAAUCGGCAGAAAAUGAGCACUUGUGUGCAAAGACGACUGGCUUCAGUGGUACAAACGACAAUCGUAGACUUCUACCGCUAAACAUUGAGCAAGACGAUUUACCAUCCUUGCAUCAGACGAAUGCCGAAGUUCUUACGUAUCUUCUUCAAAAAAGGAACAGGAGAUACAUUUUAGCAGCUGAUAAUCGGGGCCGUUUCAAUGAAGAGAAGUUGCUUGAGAAAUUGAAUGAGCUAAAAAUACGUAUUCUUAUUGAUGCUGGCGCAUACAUUUUGGAGAUGGACAAUCAAAGCGUUGCAAAGAUGUGGCUGACGAAAGACCCCCAGGCAUCAGCAGCCGUGUAUUUCGGAAGCGGUGAUAACCGUGCUUGGGUCCAGUAUCGAGGCAUGAAGGCUCCGAUCCCGCUUAUUGCUACUCCUUUUGCGGAUAAUUUAGAAGGUUGUGUUGUGUAUCUUGACGAAGCUCAUACGCGUGGAACUGAUCUUAAGUUCCCAAAUCGUGCCUGCGGAGCAGUCACAUUAGCAUUAGGGCAAACGAAAGAUCAUACAGUGCAAGCUGCUAUGAGACUCCGCCAGCUAGCGACAACCCAAAGCAUAGUGUUUUUUGCACCACCAGAAGUCCACCAGAGUAUUCUGGACACCCGUCCUGAGACCGCAGAUCAUCCUGUGGACUCUUCAGAUAUUGUGCGUUGGUUGCUCGAGCAGUCGUGCAAAAGUAACGAACAAUUACACGUGUUGUAUGGAGCCCAGGGAAGUGAUUAUUGUGUGAGGUUGAACGCUGCCUGGGAGAAUCCGGAAUUUCUCGUCAAUGUUCGUCAAAGAUCAAAAUUUAUCUGCGCAAUCAAGUCUCCUGAACGGUUGACACUUGAAGAAUUAUAUGGCUUCAACCGGAAAUGCUCGCACAGAAAUUUAGAGCGUCUAGCACAUCCCGGCCUUCGCGAUAUGGUCAGUAAGUUGAUAAAACAGAGAAAUUCAAGCGAUUCGAAUGGCUGGACUUCCUCAAGUCUCGUAAUGGAAGAAGUAGAACAAGAGCGAGAGGUUGAAUUUCAGGUCGAGGAGAUUCGCAAAAUUCAGAAACCUGCGCACCGAAAGGCUCUUAAAUUUCCAGGGCUCCACGAAGGCAUUUCUUACUUCGUCGACACAGGAAUUCUCAAAGAAGGAGAUUUUCACCAAAAUGCAUCUUUCUUUCUGUCACAGACACCUCUGGGAAAGAAAUACAGCCUUUGCAUGAAGGCACACCGACUCUUUCUCUCAGCCGAAUUCAUGCGCACAGUCAAGUCGCGGUCUGUAGAAGCUAACGACAACUUUUACAGGUCCAUUGAAUUUGUCUUGUGGAGCCCCUCGACACAAACAGCGCUCGUCAUUAUCCCAGAAGAAGCUGAGAUGAUCAUCCCUAUUCUUCAAGCCUCUAGGUCAACAUCUGUUCAUUUGAUAAUUUACUCCGCUCCAACAACAAGGAAGAUGCUACAAUUCUGGGAUCUUGAUUACUAUGUGCUUCCUCGCCUUCCCGAAGGAGAAAUUUUUCCUGAAUGGCUCAGCAUCGAAUUAGGAAUUCUAGGGGCACGGCUAUACUUCCCUAUAGAAGAAUAUGACUCUCUCAGGGAGUAUUUCUGUACUGCAGUCUCCAGCGGAGUGGGAGAAAGUUCAGAGACCCAUACGUGUGCAAUGUCUUCUAGUCUCCUCUCCUUCGUUUUCGACUGGAUUACAUUAAGACGCAAUGGCCAGGAUAUUACCAUGACACCGAUGGCAUACCUUUGCCAGGGCAAGCCUUUACAUAGGCAUCAUCCGUUCUUCAAUGUUAAAGAUGACGUUGAGGGAGCAAUGCCAACAGCCCAUUUAGGGAAGGCGACAUCUUUGACGGAUGAGAUCGAAAGUCUCCAAAGUGACUCUGAGGCCGAGUGACUGGUGGUAGAGAAGUCGAAACGUCCUAUCUAUUGUGGUAAAGACCGUAGUUGUAGUUCUAAGGGGCAUUCAAAUGCUUGCAACGAAGAUUAGUAGUUAACAUCAACAAAUAGUAAUUUUAGUCUUGGGAGCUACGGGUUUGUAAUUCAUUC